AUGAACAAGCCAAGCAGUUUAGUAGACUCAGCAUGGCCUUCAAUGGGCUAUUCAAGAUACACUUACAAUGACACUCAAAUAAUCGCAGCAGUCUAUGGCCCAUAUGAGUCACGUUUCUCUCAAAAAAGUGACUUCCAAUCUGCAAUCAUUGACGUAGUCCUUUCAGACUGCUUAUUCAGUAUCGAUAUACUAAAUUCCUGGGGAUAGCGCGGAAUACGCUAUCCCCAGGACCAACCGGGAUCGGAUCCACACAUGGAACGGGGGUUCCAUGUGUGGAUCCAUUUUUGACAUGCGAGAUAUUUACUUUCACGUGUCAAAAAUGGAUCCACACAUGGAACCCUCGUUCCAUGUGGGAUCCGAUCCCGGUUGGUCCUGGGGAUAGCGUAUUCCGCGCUAUCCCCAGGAAUUUUCUAUACUUCUUCUCACGAGCAGAUCUUAAAAACCUUUUUUUCUUCAAUUAUUGACACAUCAAAAUACCCAUACUUGUCCAUCAUGCUAAAUUUCCAAAUUUUGUCCCAUGGCUGCAAUUUGCUGUCAUCUUGCAUGAAUGCUGGGCUUGAAGCACUGAAAUUUUCAAAUAUCGAGCUUAAAACAGAGUUCCUAGCAAGGGAGUAUUCUAUAUCGAGCUCACAAAUAGCGCUAGCAAUAGUCCCGAAAACUGACAUGAUCCUGUUCAGUUUCUGCAAAGUCCCUUUAAGUUUUAGUGACUAUAAGAAAUGCGUGGAAGAUCUUUAUAAAGAAAGUUUAAAUUUAAUAUAA